UACUAGCCCCCGGUUGAAUGUCGCGUUGUUACCCAAGUUCAAACCCGUCAAUAUAUCCGACGAACCGAGUGUCCAGGCUCAGUGUCCGUGGCUGAAGGAACCAACUGACUCGAUCAAUUGGCCCAGGUUCCUAGGGCCUAGAGUAGUUUUGAUCCCCUACCCAGAUCAGGCAUUGACCAUUCUUAGAUAUCCCCUUGUCCGGUUGAAACAUCCCUCCUAAGUGUACUUCUGAAUUCAAUGACCAGCGGAGCAUACAAGAGUCGUCUUGUUUUUGAGUUGAUCAUCAUUGUUGGAUCAGGUCCUGCCGGCCUGCUCCUUACGCUCCUCCUCUCCAGAGAAGGUAUUGAGGUGCAAGUCCUGGAAGCCGCUGCGGACGUUGACAGGCGACCCAGAGCCGCUUACUACGGAACGGCCUCCAUUCCGGAUCUCCAGCGAGCUGGCGUCUUGGAUGAAAUCCGUCGCAGAGGGUUCCCGCCAACAAGCUUCACCUCGCGGCAGUUCGGCGGGGAGUAUCGUGCAUUGGGUCUGUUGGACACCAAUUUGCUCGCCGACAUUGACGGCCAGGACCUCAGGUCGGCAUGUCUGCCACAAAAGGAUCUCCUCGAGAUUCUUGUCAAACGGGUUGAGAACAAUCCUCUCGUCACCCUUUCGUGGAACCACAAGGUCCUGGGCGUCGGCCAGGACGAGACGAAGGGGUGGGUUGAUGUCGAAACCCCUGAAGGGCAGAGUAGGAUCGAAGCGGACUAUGUCGUAGGCUGCGACGGAGCCCACAGCAUCGUUCGAAAGAGCUUGUUCGGUAACGAUUUUCCAGGCAAGACCUGGGAUGUUCAGUUAGUUUCUACCGAUACAUACUACGACCUCGAGAAGAAGUUUGGCUUCACCCACGCCAACUUUGUCUCACAUCCGAAAAACUUUUUCAUUGCAGCGAAGCUGAACGAUGAGGGGCUGUUCCGCAUCACCUACGCUGAGCCUGGCGACAUGUCUUACGAGGAAGUCGAGAAGAGACUUCCCAGCCGAUUGGAGGAGAUCCUUCCAGGCAACCCUAAGCCAGACGAGUACGAGAUGCUGGGCUGGGCGCCGCACAAGAUCCACCAACGGUGCGCUCCAUCUAUGCGCGUCGGCAGAGUCAUGCUGGCGUCCGACGCCGCUCACCUCUGCAACCCCUUGGGAGGGCUGGGCGUGACGGGCGGUUUCGUCGACGCAGGCGGCCUUGCCGACUGUCUCCUAGGCAUCUGGAACGGCGUAGCCGACGAGUCCAUUCUUGACCUCUACAGUGAGAAGCGAAAGGAGAAGUGGUACAGCAUCACGGAUGUGGUAACCACGGACAACUUCAUGAAGACAACCUGCAGAUACCCCAUCGAAAAGUUGAUGAAGAGGCCAGACUGGACAAGGAGCGACGAGGCGCGAAAGGAGUUUCUCCUGCAGCGACUGGGUCUGCGGUACGACUUUACCCAGCACUACAGAAAAGAGGCCUCGGGAGUCGGAAUAUAA